AAAAUAUUGAUAUAUAUAUAUAUAUAUUAAUGAGAGAGAGAGAGCCAAACUUGGGUAAAUGUAACUAACUGAAAGUGGCGGAGGGAGGAGUUGUUCAUAUGGAAAACACUAACAACCAACCAAAUGAAGAUUUGCCGAUAAUAGAACAGGAGGAAUGGAUUCAGAAGAAGAUGUCCAUUUGAAGGUGUCUACAGGGGAAUUCGGCUACGUUCUACAGGAUGUGCCUCAUCUCAUCGAUUACAUCCCCGGUCUUCCUACUUAUUCCAACCCUCUAAGCUCCAAUCCUGCCUACUCAGUAGUUAAGCGAUCCUUUGUCCAUGUCGACGAUAGCGUUCCUCAAAAGAUUGUUGUUCACAAGGAUUCCCAAAGAGGGGUUCAUUUUCGUCGAGCAGGACCUCGCGAAAAGGUCUAUUUUAAGCCAGAGGAAGUAGUUGCUUGUGUCGUAACAUGUGGAGGUUUAUGUCCUGGACUCAACACAGUGAUUAGGGAAAUAGCCCAUAGCUUAAUAUACAUAUAUGGUUGCAGCAAAGUCCUCGGGAUCGAUGGAGGGUACAGAGGGUUUUAUUCGAAGAAUACGAUCACCUUGACACCUAAGGUUGUGGAUAACAUUCACAAAAGAGGCGGAACCAUUUUGGGAACUUCUCGCGGCGGUCAUGAUACAGUUAAGAUUGUCGAUAGCAUUCAAGACCGCGGGAUUAAUCAGGUUUAUAUAAUUGGAGGAGAUGGAACUCAGAAAGGAGCAGCUGCUAUAUAUAGGGAAGUUAGAAAGAGAGGUUUAAAGGUCGUAGUUGCCGGGAUCCCCAAGACGAUCGACAAUGACAUUGCGGUAAUUGACAAGUCAUUUGGUUUCGAUACGGCAGUAGAAGAAGCUCAACGCGCAAUUAAUGCUGCGCAUGUUGAAGCUGAGAGUGCCGAGAAUGGAAUUGGUGUCGUCAAAUUGAUGGGUCGAUACAGUGGAUUCAUCGCGAUGUACGCUACGCUAGCUAGUCGAGAUGUCGACUGCUGCUUGAUUCCUGAAUCCCCUUUUUAUCUAGAAGGAAGGGGAGGACUAUUUGAAUACAUUGAGAAAAGUUUCAAGGAAAAUGGACACAUGGUUAUUGUCAUUGCUGAAGGAGCAGGACAGGAGCUUCUUGCAGCAAAAGACGAAAAAGAUGCUUCGGGAAAUCGACUACUUCAAGAUGUUGGCUUAUGGAUUUCUGGGAAAAUUAAGGAGCACUUUUCAAAGCAGAAGGUUUCGAUUACGCUAAAAUAUAUAGAUCCGACUUACAUGAUUCGCGCGAUUCCCAGCAAUGCAUCCGACAAUGUGUACUGUUCUCUCCUUGCUCAAAGUGCUGUUCAUGGAGCCAUGGCUGGUUUCACAGGCUUCACCAGUGGUCUUGUCAAUGGUCGCCACACCUAUAUUCCAUUCAAUCGCAUCAUCGAGCAGCAAAACAAGGUUGUUAUAACCGACAGGAUGUGGGCAAGGCUUCUCGCCUCGACUAAUCAGCCAAGCUUCCUGGGGAAUAAAGAGAUCAAAGAUUACCAAAAAGAUGAAGGGCCGGCAACUCAGUUGCUGGACGAUGGAAAGGCCAUCAAAUCUGGGAAAACAGAUGAUAAUGAUAAUACUGAAAACAGCAAAGAGAACUAAAUUGAUAGAUAAUACUCUGAAUAUUUACCAUUUGCAUGAAGUGGCUGACAACUAAUCUAUUGUUUGUAUAUAUGCAUCUUUCGAGUAUGAGAUGCAUAGAGCACAAUAUUAGAUUAAUGGGUUCGUGUUCGAGGAACAUGGGCAGGGACUGAGAUUCUAUUGUUGUCAGAAGUUUUUUUUCACGUAGAGAUGUCCACCUCACAGAAGUGAGGAUCCGAAUGUAUGUAUGUAAGUACCUGUUCGAGGGAAUAAUAUGUAUGCUUGAUUCAUGUAAUAGAAGCCCUCUGAAAGACCGGAGAAAACUGCAAGACAGAAUACACUAGUAGCAACUA